AUGAUUCUACCGAGUGUUUCUCGUCUGCUGGCCGUUGGGGCUGGAAUUGGUACUCUAUUUGUCUCUGCACUUGAUACGACAAUUGUAAAGACGGAUAACGGUGUUGUUAAAGGCUUUACAGAUGAGUCUUUUCCUAAUGUGGCUCAAUUCCUCGGUAUACCUUAUGCCGAACCUCCAGUUGGGAAACGGCGAUGGGCUCCUGCAGUAGCCAAAGGGCGAUUCGGAGCAUUAGAUGCAUCGCAUCAAGGCGCAGCUUGUCCUCAAGCUGAACCAUCCAACAGUGGCCCAUGGCGCCCUGAGUUUCUGAUCAAGCCUAACAGUACAAGCGAAGACUGUCUGUAUGUUAAUGUUUGGACUCCAUACAAGCCUCGGGGAGGCAACAAGGGAAAGCUCCCGGUCUUGGUUUGGAUCCAUGGUGGUGGUUUUGGUGCCGGCGGUGGUAAUAUUGACUACCAGGUGCCUCCCCGCUGGAUCGCAAGAAGUCAGAAGCACAUAGUCGUCAGUCUCAACUAUCGUCUGGGGAUCUUUGGGUUCCCUAAUGCCGCGGGUCUUGACUCCAAGGAACAAAACUUGGGACUUCUAGAUCAACGUCUUGCUGUUGAGUGGGUGCGCGACAACAUCUCACAAUUCGGAGGAGAUCCCAAGAGGAUCACUCUCUGGGGGCAGAGUGCCGGUGGUGCUUCUGUUGGAUACUAUCAGUACGCGUAUCCUAAAGACCCAAUCGCCCAUGCAUACAUCCAGGAUUCUGGGGGUGUCUUCUUACCCAUCAACAAUGCUGAUUCCUCGCACUCCAACUUUACCUCUAUUGCAAAGGCGUUCAAGUGUGACAAAGACAAUCAAAUUGAUUGCCUCCGCAAAACACCAUUCAAGGAUAUCCAGAAGAAGGUCGAGAAUACAGCGGGAGUGAGCUUUGUCCCUGUAGUCGACGAGAGAACCAGGUUCUCCGACUACUCGAAGCGUCUUAUAUCAUCCAGGAUCCCUAAGCUACCAUCCAUCAUCGGCACAAACAGAGAUGAAUGGAACUUUGGUGGAGAGCCAGCCGAGCCUCCAGUCAAACCACCACCCGAGCAAGUCCACACAGACAGUACCUUUGGUUGUCCCGCACACUUCGAAACAGCUCUGCGGUCCUCAACCAACGCCCAGACCUGGCGAUAUAUGUAUUCAUCAAACUUCACCAACAUCAUGCCCGGAGAUGAGGGCGCUUUUCACACUGCUGAGCUUCCUUUGAUCUUUGGAACCCAUGAUAUCGCGCGGAAUAAGUCUGGCCCGUUUGAGUAUAAGAUCAGUCAUACCAUGCAGGAUUACUGGUUGGCCUUCAUUCAAGAUCCAUAUGCUGGAUUGACAAAGAAGGGAUGGAAACCAACGGCUGGAGGGUAUGAUACGUUGCAAACUGGUGUGGAGUUUGGGUAUGACAAUGAGAUUGUCACGAGAAAGUAUUCGUUCAAGUCCUUUCAGGGUGGAUGUAAGAAUGCUACUGCAGUUGAGUAA